AUGGAUAGAAGUUGGAUGCACCUGAUAGAUAGAGUUACGUCAAAGGAGUACGCUGAAGGGGUCGAACAGUUCCUUACAAUAGCUCGAGCGCACGCAAUAGAAACUGACCGCAUCCGUUGUCCUUGUCGUUCGUGCUAUAAUAAUAUCUUCCUCCCUAUAUCGGAGGUGGAAACACACUUGUACCUAAAUGGGAUUAAUCCAAAUUACAACCCCUGGAUAUUUCAUGGGGAAGAUGAGAUUCUGGAUGUUAGUGAUGACAAUCAGCCAGCGUCACCUACUAAUGAUGACGAAUAUAUUGAUGACAUGGAGCAGAUGUUAGAUGACAUUCGGGAAGGCACGGUCAUAGGUGAGGUGGACGAGCUUGCCGAACCAAGAGUUCACCCACCUAUAGGUGAGGCAACCCCUUCCUCCUCAUUUGACAAACUAUUAGAUGAUGCACGGCUUCCACUUUACCAGGGGUGUAAACAGUAUUCAAAGCUCUCAUUCAUUGUGAAGUUGCUUCACAUCAAAGCCAUUGGGGGUUGGUCGGUUAAGUCAUUCGAUCUGCUCCUGAAGUUGUUGAGGUCUGCAUUUCCGGACGCUGAUUUCCCGCAUUCUUACGAAGCGGCACGGUCACUAGAGCGGGGUUUAGGCUUCAAAUACCACAAAAUACAUGCUUGUCCUAACGAUUGCGUGUUAUUUUGGAAGGACAAUGCAGACCUGAAUGAGUGUCCAAAAUGCAAGGCCCCUCGGUGGCUACCAAAUACACAUAGAAACCGCUUAAUCCCUCAGAAGGUGUUACGUCAUUUUCCUUUGAAGACGAGGUUGCAACGACUAUAUAUGUCAGCUAAGAUGUCAGCUAAUAUGAGAUGGCAUAAAGAGCAUAGAAACAGUGAUGGUGGCAUUAUGAGGCAUCCAUCCGAUUCACAAGUUUGGACUACUUUCGACAAUGAUCAUAGUUGGUUUGCAAGAGAUGCUCGCAAUAUCAGGCUUGGUUUAGCGAGUGAUGGUUUCAAUCCUUUCAACAACCUUGCAAAACCGUAUAGUAUCUGGCCCGUCAUCCUCAUGCCGUAUAAUUUGCCUCCGUGGUUAUGCAUGAAAGACCAAUUCUUCAUCACAUCUCUCAUUAUUCCUGGUCCAAAAUCACCUGGAAAUGAGAUUGAUGUAUACUUGCAGCCCUUGGUAGAUGAAUUGAAUGAGCUUUGGGAGAAUGGGGUGCAUACAUAUGAUGCGUACAAGAAGGAAACUUUCAGAUUGCAUGCGGCUUUAAUGUGGACAAUAAAUGACUUUCCCGCAUAUGGGAACCUCUCGGGUUGGUCAACUAAAGGGAAAUUGGCGUGUCCUUCAUGCAAUGCUGAUACAGAUGCUAUGUGGUUGACCUAUGGCCAUAGUACAUCUAGAAAUAGAUGGAGGAGAAAGAGAAAAGGACGUGAACAAGGACGUGAAGAGGAAGACGAGAACUGUGAUGAAGAGAGUAGGACAAAGGGGUCGGGAAGAGAAGGAAGAGUAGGAAGAGCAGGACAAGGAGUACGAGGAGAGGAAGAGAUGAGGGAGGAUGAGAGAAAUGUAGGAGGAAAAGAGGAGGAGUAG